AACCUGCCCAACCAGGUACACAGGAAGUCCGUGAAGAGGGAUUUGAAGUUCACUCCUCAUGGUCGUUGGAGAGUCUGGUUUGGGCAAGUCUACGCUGAUCAACAGCCUGUUUCUGACAGACCUCUACCAGAGAGAUAAUCCUGGGGCCGCAGAYAAGAUUGAGCGGACGGUGCAGAUAGAAGCCAGUACAGUGGAGAUUGAAGAGAGAGGAGUGAAGCUCCGUCUUACUGUGGUCGACACCCCCGGAUACGGAGAUGCCAUCAACAGCCAGGACUGCUUUAAGACCAUCAUCCAGUACAUUGAUAACCAGUUUGAGCGUUACCUUCAUGACGAGAGUGGCCUGAACCGCAGACACAUCGUAGACAACCGAGUCCACUGCUGCUUCUACUUCAUCUCUCCCUUUGGACACGGUCUGAAGCCUCUGGAUGUGGAGUUUAUGAAGGCCAUUCACAGCAAGGUCAACAUCGUCCCUGUCAUCGCUAAGGCUGACACACUCACACUGAAAGAAAGAGACCGCCUUAAGAAGAGGAUCCUGGAUGAGAUUGCAGAGCAUGGCAUCAGGAUCUACCAACUGCCAGACGCUGACUCAGAUGAGGAUGAGGAAUUCAAGGAGCAGACACGAAUACUGAAGGCGAGCAUUCCGUUUUCUGUGAUUGGUUCAAACCAGCUGAUUGAGGUGAAAGGAAAGAAGAUCAGAGGUCGUCUCUACCCCUGGGGGGUCGUAGAGGUGGAGAACCCCGAGCACAACGACUUCCUCAAACUACGCACCAUGCUUGUCACCCACAUGCAGGACCUUCAGGAGGUCACUCAGGACCUGCACUACGAGAACUUCCGUUCAGAGAGACUGAAGAGACCUGGCAGAGCUGUGGAGGAGGAUAUGAUGGACAAAGACCAGAUUCUCCUGCAGAAGGAGGCUGAGCUGAGGCGUAUGCAGCAGAUGAUUUCCCAGAUGCAGGCGCAGAUGAAGAUGAAGGGAGACGAGUGAAAAUAGAGGGAUCGAAAGAGGGAGUGGGGUAAGAGAUGAGAGGAGCCCCACACCCCUCAACCCCCUGUGUGUCUGCAUCUCCAUCAUGGACGUACUGCUGGACACACACAUCACUCCCUAUCUCUCAGAGUGCCAGUCAAUCAAUCAAGCAAUCAACCACCCAAUUGGAUGUUCCCCUCUCUAACAUAAUUGUAAUUAUAAAAUCUUCAAUUUGGCCUCUAUUUCACCAUGGUACUGAGAUCCACUGAUCUGCAAGUCUCAGUAUUGUUUUGGGAACUGUUAAUCACGUUGUAACACGUUUCAUACUAAGGUAUGUUUGUCUGGAGUGUUAUCCUUUAUUGUGUAAUGUUAU